UACUGCUAAAUGCCAUUUCCUGCGUCUUUUUGGCUCAGAGUUAUGUUGGCACAAAUUAUAGAGACAAACGGACAAAAUAUGGCUAUUAUUACCAGGGGGUAUUAAAAUUGUUAAUAAUUAAAAAACUAUAGAAUUAAUCUGUUUAAAAUCUAUGUAGUUAACAAACAUUUUUUAAGAGCAAGAAGAUAUAACGUUAUAAUGUUAUGUUUGGUACAUCAGAGUCAUGGCAGGUCGGGGGCAGAGCAUAGUGAAUAUGUGUUCUAAUCUUACCUGAGAAAAUCAUCUACAAGAAACGUAUUGAUAUUUAAUACUGUACUUGUUUCAACAUCAAUGCAUCCUAAGUUUUAAUUUUCACUAUUAUUUUAGCAGGAAAAGUAAACCUAUAGCAAGGGAAUUAAACAGAAGAGAAUGACUCAAGUAAAAAUUCUCUAAUCAACGAAGUAAGAAUGCCAUCUGAAACUGAAUUGUUACAAUGGAAGAAGAAACGAACAUCAACAUAUGUAGUUUUUUUAUUUUUUUAUUUUCUUAUUGGUCUCGAACUGGGUUGCAUCAACGCAACAUUGUGGAUAUAUGUUUCAACACUUCUUAAAACUGGAAACGACAAGUUAUAUUAUGGUUUAAUAACUGCUGCAUUUUACGUUCCAUCCUUGUUUUUCCCACCUAUUGUGACCAGAUUUGUCGAUAAAACACGGAGAAUGAAAUUAUGUUUCAUUGGGGUAUUGUGUUUAUCCAUUGCUGGUAGCAUUUUGUAUCCAAUACAUACGUCACCAGUAUUUCCAUUAGCCGGACGUUUCUUGAGUGGCUUUAACAUUGCAUUUGCGCCAGUUAUAAUUUCAGAAGUAGCAAGGUCUUUCACAAGCAAAGAAUUAAUGCAGCGAAUCCCAUUGUUAAACGGAAUCAUCAUGAUUGGUUAUGCGUUUGGACCUUGUGUUUCAAUUUUGUUCAUAAACAUAGACUUCUGGAUUGGUGGAAUUCAUAUAACGUACGCAAACGUAAUUGGGCCAGUUCUUUUCUUAAUUUCUGUUGCUAUUCUUUUAUCUGUCGUAUUUCUAUCUUAUGAUCUCUCGCGAGAGUAUGACAUGAAGCGAGACACUACGGAAGCCAACGAAUAUACCAGCAGCAAGCCUUCUCGCUCUGAAUCCACCAUGGACAUAAUGAAAAGAAUUCUACAAACUGCAGAUGCAUUGCUGAUUAUAACACUAUCAGUGUUUUACGGCAUCGUUGAUCAAAUAAUGUUUCGCGUACUACCUAUACUAAUCAUAGACAAGUUGAAUUUUAGCUAUACCUUCUUAAACUGGUCUUUUGUUGCUCUAUCAGCUUUAAGCACAGUUCUCGUCUUAGUUCUAGUAUGUUGGAAAAUGUCUGACAAACAGUUAUAUUAUACUGGUCUAGUAAGCGUAAUAUCGAUAAUGAUCGUAACUUCGCUACAGCUUCUAACUUAUCAUAAAGUCGGGAACGAAAAGACGUGGUAUUUAUGGAUAAUAAUAACUUUAUUCGCUUUAAUCCUCUUCCUUCUUUCCGAUCAAGCAUUUAGUGUUGUUAUAUGUGCGAAACUUGCAUUUUCAUAUAAUCAAGGUUUUAUCGAAGGCGUUCGAACAUUUGCCGUUCAAAGUGGUCGCAUUAUUGGGGGCUUACUAAUCGGCGUGUACUUUGAAUAUAUGAAUGUAUUUUACAUUGGUAUUAAUGUUGUAUUAAUUUUGUUCCUGUUUGUUAUGAUUUCCAGAAGAAGAUCACUUUCAAACCCGGUACCCGUUAUCUAAAAUAAUUUUAAACGCUGAUAAGAGUUGUCUUUCUGAAGACAAAAAGAGAUUUUAGGCCUCACUACGAGGAAAAAUUAAGAAGUAAAAACGACAGGAUUAUGUGAAGUCGGAAAAAUGCAUGGAAAGAAGAGAAUACAAGUAGACUUUUUCUAUUUUAAUAUUUUCAAUAAGACCAUAUAAAGCACUAAAAUGUUACAUACUAUCCAUUGACGACAGAUUAAGGGAGUUUGUCUUUUACGAUAAUCUGGAGCUAAAUAUCUUUUUGUUAGUAGUAUUACUAAUAUUAUUUUAUAUAUAGAUACAUAUUCCCUGAGUAUAAGUAAAUAUAUUUCUUUAGCUACUAUACAUAUUAU